CCGCCUGGUGUUACCAGCAAAGACGUCCGGAACAUCGUUUGCCACAUUGCGGAAGUUAGCUUCAGAUUCGUGGAUCCCGCUCAACUAUUUAUGGGGGACUUAAAGAGACGUAACCUGAAACUAACUUCGGACUCGCGUUACAGUGUGUUAUGAAGUCACCUAGCUAGCUGCAUCAACCCGACCGAGAGUUCACCGGUUCAGCUGAAGGUCACGGGAGAGUGACGGGGGGCAGCUCACGUGUCAAGGUGCUCUGAAAACACCCGACAACAUGCUCGCUCGCAUGCUACUUAACCUCCUCAACAACCUCCAGGUCGUUGAGAAGUUGGCAGAGUCUCGUCCGAUUCGCCGGGCGGCCCAGAUCACAGCCUACUUCAUCACCAAGGCUCAGAUAGCCGGCCGGGACACCUCGAAGCGGGUCAUGCGUUCACAGACGCUGCGGCAGGUGCGGGACGAGGUUGGCAAAGCCCCCGGGGACCUGGGAGAGCUGGGCAGCCGCCUGAAGAGAGUCAGAGAGACCUUUGUGAAUGAAGUGAAGGAGGGAUGGAAGGACGGCUCCAGGCAGAUCAAGAAGUAAAUAAAGGAAGGGCUGGCUA